CACCAUUCGAUCGCCAGACCGAAAGCCAACUCCACUCCAGCAACAUGUACAAGCUCCUGGUCCUGUCUGCCCUUGUGGCCGCCGCCUCUGCUGGAUACCUGGGAGGCUACGCUGCCCCCGCGAUCGCCGCCCCCGUGGCCUACGCCGCCCCCGCGGCCUACGCCGCCCCCGCCAUCGCCCACGCUCCCGUAGCCGCUGUGGCGCACGCCCCUGUCGCCUCCUCCGUGGCUAACACCUACAGGAUCUCGCAGACCGCCCGUCUCGCCGUCGCCGCCCCCGCUGUGGCUCACGCUCCCGUGGCCUACGCCGCCCCUGCCAUCGCCCACGCCCCGGCCAUCGCCGCCUACGCCGCCCCUGCUGCCUACGCCGCCCCCGCCGCCUACGCCGCCCCCGCUCUGGGCUACGCCCGCUACGCUGCGGCCGCUCCCGCCCUGAGCUACGGCUACGCCGCCCCCGCUCUGGGCCAUGCUCUGAUCCAUUAGGACCCCCACCACAUGCACCUGAUUCAUAACUCAUAAUCAAAUAAACAUUUAAAAACUCAAA